CGAGGGGGGCGAUGGCCCUGGAGACGGUGCCAAAGGAUCUGCGGCAUCUGCGCGCUUGUCUGCUGUGUUCGCUGGUUAAGACUAUUGACCAGUUUGAAUACGACGGCUGUGACAAUUGUGAUGCAUACCUGCAGAUGAAGGGUAACAGAGAGAUGGUGUAUGACUGCACCAGCUCUUCCUUUGACGGAAUCAUUGCAAUGAUGAGUCCAGAGGACAGCUGGGUCUCCAAGUGGCAGCGAGUCAGUAACUUUAAGCCAGGUGUUUAUGCUGUAUCAGUCACUGGUCGCCUGCCCCAAGGAAUCGUGCGGGAGCUGAAGAGUCGAGGAGUCGCCUACAAAUCCAGAGACACGGCUAUAAAGACCUAGUGGAGUCGUGGUCACCGUCCUUCUUGCCCCAACUUUCUUGCCUCUUAUUUUCUGUUGUGGAACUAAAUGGGCAGAACUGCAGAUUCUCCACACUUUCCAGUUCUGAAGCUCUGCAAACUGUCUAGAGAGUGGCAUGAUAUGCCCUCCAGGCUGGUGUGGCCCUGGGCCAUUUUACCACCUCUGAACUGCUGUUGGGGUGGGUGGGGUUUGGGUCCAGGUUGGAGCUUGAAUUGAGUUCAGAGUUUGAAUUGAGUUCCUGCGGAGUUUGGAUUCAGUCCAGUUCUUGCAUAGGAUGCUGGUUUUCCUACCCAUUCCCAGAGCUGCCUUUGGGCAGGAUCAUGGGUCAAAUGUCAAUAAAUAUGAACCUCUGGAAAGUUCUUAAAACAGA